AUGAGAGAAUCACUCCAACGCCAAAACUCCAAGGAAGAACUCCUUCAACAAAUCGGAGGGGAGUCCCAGUUCGACUUUAUCAUCAUGACAUUUUGUGAGAGCAUCCAAGAAGAUACCACACUGAACGAAGUCUUCAAGGGAAUGCAUGUCGACACAAUGGUCGACUUGAUGAAUGGCCUCCUUGACGCGGCACUUGAAAUGUAUUCAAGCCGCACAGUUGAAAACGAGGAUAAUCGCAACCGCAUCGUCCUCAAGAACUACGCCCUCUUUGAGAUGGGCUUGAACAAGGGCCACCUUGAAAAGAUGAAGGUCCACUACGAAGCUGCCCUUCGUGACUCCUGGGUGGAAGAUAAAGUGUUUGAUGAAUGCAUGCAACGCUUUGAAUAUCUGGAAGCAGUCUUUGACCAUGAAGGAAAAGAAUUUGAACAGACCGCUGUUGCGGACAAGAAAGCUGUCUCUCGCUUUUUGAAUGCCAGAUGCGCUUGA